CAUGAUGGGAAACCUUACUGCCACAAGCCGUGCUACGCCGUCCUCUUCGGACCCAAAGGUGUGAACAUCGGCGGAGCUUGUUCCUACUUGUACGACUCUCCCGUCAACGAAGCCCCUGCAGCCGUUUCCAUGGAAACAAACGCCGGACGGGGAGAGGAGAAGAAAGCCCCCACACGGGGACCAGUGAAGGCACGAUGGACAGCCUUACUGCCACAAACCCUGCUACGCCGUGCUGUUCGGACCCAAAGGCGUGAACACCGGAGGAGUCGGCAGCUACAUCUACGACGASCCUGAAGCCGAGGCUCAGCCUUAAAUUCAGCUCUUAUCAGCCGAAGAAACGAAGACCUCCAGGACCCUCGGUGUCUCUGCCUUCAGUAGUCGUCAUGGUGACAAAUGAUAUGUAGACUCACAGGAAGGGAAACUUAGUUAUUUAUGUUGUAWUUGUAUAUUGUUUAUAUUAUCUAUUUUUUUGUACUGAAUCAAACCUUUAAUAGUCCUCCUGUGUGAGAUUUAGAUUUGCUUUUAGGUUCAUCGGUUUUCUUUGCCAAAUAAUUAUUAUUAACCUUUUAYUGUAGUGGAUUCCAGCUCCUGUGUUUCUCCUUCUUUCUCAGUAGGAUUAGACUUCUUGUGCACUUCCAACAAGUACUGUACGACAACAACAUGUACCAGCCCGCCGUUUUAUUGUCAGUGGUUUUGAACAAGUUGAUCUUAGUUUUAAAAAGAAAAAAGAGAGGUUACAUAGAUUCACAGAGAGAUGAACAUUUUACUGAAGGCUGGUCAGCUGUUAGUCCUGUUUUCUACAAUAAAUUGUAGUGAAACAAA